AUGGAUAUGUUUAAAUACUUUUAUUCGUGGCUAUCGGAUGGAGAAAGAAAAACAAAGACUCAUUUUGUGGUAGAUUCAUCUGGGCAGAAACAUAAAAAUUACACCAGGACGCUGUUUUGCUGUAAUAGAAGUGGGACAUACAAAGCAAAAGGCAAAGGUGAAAGACAGCUAAAAGCACAAGGGACUUCCAAAACAGGUUUCUCUUGCACAGCUACUGUCAUAUUAAAAGAUUUUGGCAAUCGUUUUGAAGCUGUAUAUUUUAAAGAACAUUACAAGCAUGAAAAAUCCCUUUGUCAUCUCCCUAUUCCUAAACAAGAAAAGCAAAGCAUAGCAGGUAAAUUAUUGCAGGAGGUGGAAGAGAAACGAAUUUUGCAAGAUGCAAGAUUCUCUUCGAGAGAUGAUAUUGAAACAAAACAGUUAAUAACGAGAAAAGACCUGCAUAACAUUAAGAGGGAUUUUGGUCUGAGCAUUAAUUCUAAAGGAUUAAUUUUAGGAUAAUCUAAAGGAUGCAUAGCUUAGAUUCUACUAUAUCUAAGCUAUGCAUUUAUCCUAUACUUAAUCUACACAUAUAUUAAAUCUAUUUACAAAGUCAUGUUUUAUAAUAACUAUUCUACUGUAAAUGUGAAUUACACAUUUAUCAUAUACGUAAUCAUUGCCCAGUUAGGUGAUAGGAUUGUUGAUGUUUCUUUAAAUAAUGAGUCCAGAUAAGCAGGAUGGUAUGAACAAUUUAUUAGGAGAAU